UUCAAUAUGCGGGUGCUCAUAGCUCUAUCGAUCCUUUUGGCAUCAGCAACUGCUGUUCCCAUCGAGGAGCCUGUGAAUGGUGAGAAUGGAUGGCUUGUGCCCCAAGAAGAUGGCAGUUUUGAGUGGAUGAGCAUUCAGGAUGCCGAAGAGCUUUUAGAUAGCAGUGUUCCCAUCGAACGUCGAUCCAAUGAAGUGUCCUUCUACCUGUAUACCCAAAAGAAUCCCACCGAGGGCCAGGAGAUCUCAGCCGAUGCAACCUCAGUUCAAAAUUCUUAUUUCAAUAAGGAUCAUGGCACUCGAUUUGUGAUUCACGGAUGGAAGGGACGUUACACCGAUAGCAUGAAUGUGGAUAUUACCAAAGCCUGGCUGUCGAGGGGAGAUUACAAUGUGAUUGUGGUCAACUGGGAUCGCUCUCAAUCGGUGGACUACGCGAUGUCCGUGCGGGCUGUUCCUGGAGCUGGGACCAAGGUGGGCGAGAUGAUCGAGUACCUGCACGAACAUCACGGCAUGUCCCUUGAAACCCUUAAGGUGAUUGGCCACAGUCUGGGUGCCCAUGUGGCUGGCUAUGCUGGCAAGCAAGUUGGAGGCAAGAGGGUUCACACAAUUGUGGGUCUGGACCCUGCCCUGCCCCUCUUUAGCUAUGAUACUCCCGACAAGCGUCUUUCCAGCGAAGACGCCUUCUAUGUGGAGUCCAUCCAGACCAAUGGCGGCGUCAAGGGAUUCGUGAAGCCCAUUGGAAAGGCCACUUUCUACGUGAGUGGAGGAAAGAAGCAGCCAGGAUGUGGAGUAGACCUGGCAGGAACCUGUUCCCACGCACGAUCCGUGCUCUACUACUCCGAGGCAGUCACCCAGGACGGUUUCGGAAGCAUUCAGUGCCAGGACUAUCAGGCUGCCUUGGACAACAAAUGUGGCAGCACUUUCAGCAAUGUUCGCUUGGCAGAGGAAAGGAAUGCCAACCAUGUGGAGGGCUACUUCUACGUGCCUGUAAACAGCGAGGCUCCAUUCGGAAAAACCGAAUAAAUAAAAGUCAACAAAAUAUCAAUAAAAUGAGCUACCAAAAAUCAA